GUAACGUUAACAUUUGGUUGGAAAAUUGGCACCCGCCCUAACACCGCAAGACUUGGGCUACCCUAUGCUCAAUAGCGGACAUCUAACCUCUCAUGACACCGACGAAGAUAUGAGAGUGAAAGCGCUGAUCCUUUAUAGUGACUAUGGACAUCAUUGGGUAUAUCUUUCAUAGGAGGUUGCGCCUGGUGCUUUGGGUGCAUAGGCGCGGGCGACGUAGAGCGCUGUAUUUGAAUGAAUUAUUAAGCGUUCGUUUAUGCGCUACGCAGGGCGAGGUACACCCAGCGAUAUCGCCACCACGGUCACCACCAACCUUUCCUUUUCUUCGUGCAUCGACCUGCCAGACAUACGACACAGCGCUCGCACCAGCCACACAUUCAGCGAGCGCACGCGUGCAUCAACCGCGAUCAUGGCACCCUCCCUAGAGGAGCCAGAGCCGGUGGACGACGUGCUCGCCAAUCCACUCAAGCAGAAGCCGCAACUGGUGGCUCCCGAGCCGGAACACUGUCCGGGACCGGAGUCGCAACAGGCCGGCACGGCCGACUCGUGCGCUGGCUGCCCGAACCAGGCCAUAUGCGCAUCUGCACCAAAAGGGCCUGACCCGGACAUUCCGGUAAUAUCAGCGCGGCUUGCCGAUGUGAGGCACAAGAUAUUGGUGCUGAGCGGCAAGGGCGGCGUAGGGAAGAGCACCUUCACGUCACUCUUGGCCCACGCAUUUGCAACAAAUCCCGACAGUACCGUUGGUAUCAUGGACACGGACAUAUGCGGGCCCAGCAUACCCAAGAUGAUGGGCGUCGAGGAUGAGACGAUCCACGUGAGCGGAUCGGGCUGGUCGCCCGUCUGGGUCAUGGACAACUUGGGCGUCAUGAGUAUCCAAUUCAUGCUCCCGAACCGCGACGAUGCCGUUAUAUGGCGCGGGCCAAAGAAGAAUGGUCUCAUCAAGCAAUUUCUCAAGGACGUUGAAUGGGGCGACAUGGACUUCCUGCUCGUGGACACACCGCCUGGCACCAGUGAUGAGCAUCUCAGUGUCAACUCUUUCCUCAAGGAAAGCGGCAUUGAUGGUGCCGUGGUAGUAACGACGCCACAGGAGGUUUCAUUAUUGGAUGUACGCAAGGAGAUCGACUUUUGCCGAAAAGCUGGCAUCCGGGUGCUGGGUCUUGCCGAAAAUAUGAGCGGCUUUGUGUGCCCGUCGUGUAAAGGCGAGAGUCAGAUAUUCCGGCCAAGCACCGGUGGCGGUCGCGCGUUGGCAGAGGAGAUGGGAGUGCCGUUCCUUGGCGCCGUGCCGUUGGACCCGCGCAUCCGGAUGGCAUGCGACUACGGGGAGAGCUACUUCGACUCGUUCCCAGACAGCCCAGCCUGCCUAGCGUUCAAGGAGGUCGUUAAGGGGGUGGCUGACCAGCUGGGGCUGAAUACCCAAGACGUGUUGCCAGACGAAUGAAGAUAGCAUAGACAUGAUUUACGCCACGAUACCUUUCCCUUACUCCCAACCCCGUUCCUGCGUAGGACCCCGUGGACAUGACAUCGUGCUGCGUGCUUUGCAUUAUCCGGAUCUAAGCUUCUCCGGAAUUUCCUCUAGGUCCUCUACCGACUCUAUGUCGAUGACUCGGCCGACCUCGCUCGUAUUUCGCAUCAGUUCCUUGGCACCAGCAUACAGCAUGCGCAUCUCGGCGUUGCAUGUAAUGGGCAGAUAGUAUAGCAUCACGUAUGGC